UUCGUUCUUCUCUGCCUAAAUACCAUUAUCAUAACUCCCAUACAUUCCCUUAUAAACCAUACACAGGAACUAUGUGGGAAUAUAAUUAAAGUUCUUAGCGUGGGUUUCCUGUGUUGAGAGAAGCCCAAAAGUUUUAGGUCAGCGGUAUUCUUGGAAAGUUUACAAAGUCUCCAUGGUAACGAUUGUAGCUCGAAUCCAAGGAACUAAAGUCAAAAGAACACAAACCAGCUCAGCUCGUAAACAGCCAAUUAUUACCAUAAGAAGAACUGGCAAUCUAAUCAGGCCCAAUGGGUGCAACACUGUCCAGCCAUGCUCAGUGGACCUCGGCAAGUGAUCACAGUAAAGGGAAGCUUGCAUUUACAACUCACAACGAGGCCCUACUCAAUAAUAUUGUACAGAAUAUUGAACAACUUGUGAACAAAAACCCUCAUGAAGCUGAGGUGGUGUUCAAGGAACCAUUUAAAUGGCAUACAGAUCUGAAUCCUGAUGCAUUUUCUUCUUUGAACUUUGGUUCCUUGGGAUAUCAAGUCAGUGACAGAGAAGUGAAGUCAGAGGCCAAAAACUCUGCAGGAGAUCCUUUGUUAACCCUGGAUAAGGAUGGUCACAACAGUAUUGUCAAAGUAAUGAGCUUUGAACAAAUCAAUAAUAUUCUCAAAGUAGCUGGAGAAAGAAAAUGUCAGGAGGUUCAAGCUUGUCUUGAAGAGAAUAGAGAUCCUAUUGCCAUUAUCAUGGGUCCUGCAUAUGCGUCAAUAAGCACCAGUGACAAUGCCCUAUUGAAGGCUCAUGAGGACCUUAACAAGGCUCGUUCAGGCUCAGCUGAGAAUGUCGAUGAACUGGAUAGCAAGUUUAGAUUAAUGUUGCUACUAAACCAGAUAGACAUGCAGCUAAUGCACUCUUCAGUGCAAAAGAUUGCAAAGGAAGUCAGAUUGAACCCAGAAGCUGUGCAGGAUGAAUAUGAAUUGCUGAAAUCGUUUUCCGGCGAAGAGGAGAAAAGCUGUCUGGAGUCUAUCAACUGGGUUCUUGAUUAUCAGUUCUCUAACGGAUGCCACGCUCCUCCAUGGCGCCAAGUCCAUGGUGAUAUCAGCUAUAUCGCGGUGAAACCAGUCGAUGGUGAUUCACUGUUAGUUCUUGCUAGUACAUCAGGAUACUUCCUCACGACCAAGGACGCCCAGGGAGAACUCACAUAUGAAAGACAAGGCGAUAUUUUCCCUACUCUAGCAGCUUUACUCAAAACUAAAAGCCCACAUUUUGCUUCGACUAUUGAUAAAAAGGAGUUUGCAUACUACGGCUCUCUUGAACAGAAAAACGAGGCAGCAGAUAAAGUUUACGAAAACUACAACGAUGAAGAGAAACCAGAACAAAUAAAUGAAGACAACCAAGUUGACGCUAUGAACAAAAAGAACGAGCCUAAAAAGUCCAAAACAUCGAAAACAACGCCACAAAAGAAGAAAGGAGGGAAAGGACGCGUUUUAGAGCCAUCACAGAAGUGGAAAAAUAUUGGUUUUGGAGAAGAUUUACUGGAGGCAGACGAGAAAGAUAAGAACAAAAGCAACGAAGAGAAGAAGCCAUCUUCCAGAUUCAGCAAAAGCAGGGAGGGUGGUAAAGAGACAAGACAAACAAUGCGAUCUCAGUUCAAAGGUGACUUCGAUGAAGACUUUAGUGAGAGCUCAUCAGAGAGUGAAGAAGAAGACGAGAAUCAAGAUCGACGACAGGAAUCCAAUGCUGACUUACCCUCUGAGUACUGGCAGAUACAGAAACUAGUCAAAUAUUUAAAGGGAGGAAACCAAACAGCCACUAUUAUUGCAUUGUGUGCUAUGAGAGACUUUAACCUAGGACAAGAAACAUGUCAGCUUGCUAUACGAGAUGUUGGUGGACUGGAAGUCCUUAUAAACCUACUGGAAACUGAAGAAAUCAAGUGCAAGAUUGGUUCGUUGAAAAUCUUGAAGGAGAUUUCCAAGAAUAUCCUAAUUCGAAAAGCCAUUGCAGAUCUUGGCGGUCUACAAACUAUGGUUAAAAUCAUCCAGUCUCCCAACAAAGAACUCAAAUGCCUGGCUGCUGAGACUAUCGCUAACGUAGCUAAAUUCAGACGGGCUCGAAGGACCGUCAGACAGUAUGGAGGUAUAAAAAAGCUGGUCAGACUGUUGGAUUGUGGUCUUCUAACCAAUGCUUCAGAUAUCGAUGUCCAAGUAGCCCGCUGUGGAGCCCUGGCCUUGUGGAGUUGUAGUAAGAGCACCAAAAACAAGCAGGCUACUCGAAAAGCUGGCGGAAUACCGCUUCUUGCUACACUAUUGAAAUCCAAGAAUGAAGAGAUGCUUAUUCCUGUCGUGGGUACUUUACAGGAGUGCGCUUCGGAGCCUACAUAUCGAUUAGCCAUACGUACCGAAGGAAUGAUUGAAGAUCUUGUCCACAACUUAAAAAGCGAGAACCAAGAACUACAGAUGCAUUGUGCCAGUGCUAUAUUCAAGUGUGCUGAAGACGAGGAGACUCGUAAUCUAGUACGUCAAUAUGGUGGCCUGGAUCCAUUAGUGUCAUUACUGACUAAUGUGGAUAACAAGGAACUACUCGCUGCUGCUACUGGAGCUAUAUGGAAAUGUUCUAUCAGUCCUGAGAAUGUCAGCAGGUUUCAAGAGCUGAAGGCCAUCGAACAGCUUGUUGCACUAUUAACAGAUCAGCCAGAAGAGGUUCUUAUUAAUGUUGUGGGUGGACUGGGUGAAUGUGCUCAGAUCCCAGCAAACCGAACCGCGAUACGUAAAGCAGGAGGAAUCCCCUCACUGGUGAAUCUGCUGACCAGUACAAAUCAGGCUCUUCUUGUAAACGUCACCAAAGCUGUUGGCGCAUGCGCAACAGAACCCGAUAACAUGGCUAUCAUUGAUCGUCUUGAUGGUGUACGACUGCUGUGGUCCCUCUUGAAGUCUAGCAAUCCCAGGGUACAGGCAAGUGCUGCUUGGGCCAUUUGUCCAUGUAUAGAAAAUGCAAAGGAUGCCGGUGAAAUGGUUCGUUCAUUUGUUGGUGGUUUAGAGUUAAUUGUCAGCCUUUUAAAAUCCGAUGAUAAAGAGGUCCUUGCAAGUGUGUGUGCUGCCAUUGCUAACAUCGCUAAAGACGAAGAAAACUUGGCUGUCAUCACAGAUCAUGGUGUUGUACCAAUGUUAGCCAAACUCGCCACCACAGCCGACGAUCGCCUGCGGCAGUACCUAGCUGAAUCCAUCGCAAGGUGUUGCAUGUGGGGUAGCAACAGGGUGUUAUUUGGACAGGCAGGUGCUGUACCCCCCCUGGUCAGGUAUCUCAAGUCACCCAGUCAAGACGUACACAGGGCUACUGCGCGUGCUCUAUACCAGCUGUCACGUGAUCCCGACAACUGUAUUUCCAUGCACAACAGUGGUGUUGUUAAGCCCUUGUUAUCCAUGGUUGGGUCAGAAGAUGAUAUCUUACAAGAAGCGUCCGCGGGCUGUCUGAACAACAUCAGAAAGCUGGCACUAGCAAAUGAGAAAGCAAAAUACCGCUGACCAGAUUCGUAAUUUCCUAAGAUUUCUAGACAAACUUGCACUUGUACAUAGGGUAAUAAGCCUUUCACAUCAUCCAGAACCUUCAUUUUAUUAUAUUUUUUCCAAAAAUGGAAAGAAAGCUAAUCUUUUUAGUGAUUGUAUAUACACGUCAGGCAGCUAGUUUUUUUAGUAGUUCUCUGUUUAUUUUUGUGUAAUGAAAAUGUUUUCUAAACAAUAAAAAGGGUUUUUACUGA